UGGAUUACGCUUACCACCGGUCAGUACGAUUUUGUAUAGCUUCUUGAUUUUGCCGUCCAUCGUGUGCAGGAUUAUUGCAGGAGCGAUCGAUUGCUAGCGUGAGCGAUGAUGGCGAUAAUAACAAUAAUAAUAAUAUUAUUAUUAAAGUUGUUAUUGCGUGAAACUGAGAGUUGGCCGAUGCUGGACGACGACGACGACGGUAGUGAACAGCGGCGCGAGACCAUGUGACUUUUGUGCGCGUCGUUCACUUGUUGUGGCCGUUCGCGGAGGAGGCCGUUCGCAUGACGACAGAACGCCGGCAGCGCUGGCGAAACGGCUCGGACGGUUUUUCGACGGAAUACAUAGUUUAGGUAGGUGUAGGUAUACACGCGCGUGCGACAAGAACCGGUGACGACGGUACAAUAAUAAUAAUUAUACUACAAUAUACUUCUUCCUAUUGUAAUCGUAUUGUGUUGUCGAUGUGCGGUUUUUUUUUUCGCGGAAAGAAAAAAAUAAAACGAUAGGACGACGCUGCCCGGCGAGACCCGACCACGUUUGGCCGGCAGAGAAGUACUACUGGUGAUUUUAGUGGCUGGUCUACCGGCUAGACCACAAAUACUAUAGACAAAAUAAAAAAACUCGGUAAUACAAUAUUGUAAUAAUGAUGGGUAAAUCGUACGAUUUGCUGCACGAACGACGACCACACACUACCGUUUUCCAAUUGCUGCUGCUGAUCGGCAAUCGGCGGUCGGUCACUAUUGCAGCCACUGCCGCCGCCCGAGCUCCGCAGCGAUUGUAUAUAGUGUUGCUACCGCUGCCCCGGCUUAUCAAACGUCAAUCGGUAUUAUCACUACGGACCCUACCGCCACUGCAGCCUGCUGCUGCUCCAAGUACCGCCGCCGUGGUUUGUUAGAUAACAUAAAUUUAAAACGGUGAAAGUGAAACGACCAAACGAGAACGACAAAAAGCUGUAUCAGUAACAAUGAUAGCGCCCCAAAAUCGAUAGUACGUUAAACGGUCUAUUCGAACAAUAUGUCCAGGCCCCGUUGAAAAAUAACCGGCAAUCCUCGAUUCACGGCUGGUGACUAUCCAAACGCUCGUUAAAUUUGCAGUCGUUGUAUCUUCGCGGUUUUGUUGAUACGCUUUCAAAUUGGUCCUGAUGGACAACACCAGAGAAUUUAUUACGCUACUGCAGAAUGAUUGCAAAACGGAAUACUUUAGCGACUUUAAUGAAGAUACGGAUGCAGAUGACGAUACUAUGACAAGGGACGAGGACGAUUUUGAAUACUGCUGUACAGACAAAUGUUUGUCGACAUUCGAUGAUGAGUUCAAAUCACGCCUGAAAUCGGAUCUAUCCCAACUUAGUGCAUCGGAAAAACACAUUUAUUUAUUUGCAAUGAUCUCUAUUAGCAAGGAGAAGAAGUCGUGUACGAAACCCAAGUCGAAUUUUCAAUUCAACUACACGGUUAAGGAAUACGGCAUAACUCGGUACGUGUGUAAGUCUGCAUUUAUGUCUCUGCAUGAUACAACACAUGCCCAUGUACGCACCUUGUGCAAAAAGAUGUCUGAAAAUAACUUAAUACCCAAGGAUAAACGUGGCAGACAUGAAAAGCAACCAACUAUAUCCGAAGAUAUGAAAGAACAAGUAAAAUCACACUUCUUUAAAAUCCUGGAAACACCUACCGUAAGUAAAUUAUAAACUUGGUUACCUUCAUUAUGAAUUAUAUGUGUUUAAAAUAUUGCCCUUAUGUUCCAUAGAUUUUCAAGUGUGCUAAAAAAGCUUUUGGUGAACCAAAUAUUACCAAAUUGUGGCUUGAUUUCAAAAAGAAUCAUGGUUAGUAUAAUAUAAUGCAAAAUAAACAUAUUCCUAGUAUUUAUAGGUAAUCACUAAUCACUAAUCAUGAAAUUAAUAAUAUUAUCAAAUUAAUCUGUAGGUUUAAAAAUAACAAAAUAGAUGUCCAGAUGACUUAGGUCCAGGGAACUAUUGAUUACCUAUUGUAAAUAUUAGUAACACCAAAAAAAAGUAAUAAUUCAUUUUCAAAGCCAGAAUAUAUCAGGUAUCUUUGUCUUACAUUUAGAGGGAGUCAUGGUCAAAUUUGUUGCCUAUCUAUCUAAUGGGCAAUGUAACAAAAAUUAUUUAACCGAACUAAACAACACUUACUAUGCUUUCACAGGAGUAUUUUUUGAUGUAUUUGUUACAUAAUUUUCUAAUUUAAAGUUUGAAAUACAAAUAGAUUAUCUGACAAAAGUAUAUCAAAAAAUCUCUAUGAAGGCAUAGUAAAUGAUUUUUAAUUUGGUGAAAUAAUUUGUUUUGGGUAUAUUAGAUCCUAAGUACUAUUUAAAGUACAAAAUGUAUAUAUGCUAUAUUCCUAAAUAAAUAAACAGCUAUCUAAUGUUAUUGUGACAUCCUCUUAAAUAACCCUAAAUGUUGAUUCAAAGUACUAUAAGAAACUAUUAGUUAAUAAUACUUGGAAUGUUUGUUGACUAUUAGGUGAGAGUUUAUAUUAAUUAAGAAUUUAUAGAGAUAAAUUAAUUUGUAUUAAAGUUGAGUCAGUGUGAAACGUAUCAUUGCAACACAGAUAGUAUAACAAAAAAAUAAAAAAUAUUGUUUUGAAUGCAAUAUAACUUGAUUAAAAUAUUCUGAACAUUUUUGAUUUCAGGUCAUAUAGCUCGUUCAACAUACUCAAAAUAUAUCCGUCAGUGUAUAACUACAGAAACUUUAACAAAAUUUAUGUGCGCCAAUGAAGCAAGAAAUAUUUUAAAUCAAAUGAACAAAUUUUAAUAUAAAUAAGUUAAUUUAACAUGAUAAUUUAAUUUUUUUACUUUUUAAUACAUAUUGUAUAAAAUAUAUAAAUAGCUAGGUAUAAAUGGCAUGAUAGUGAUUAUUUGGCAAUGAAGGACUAGACCGCUAAAAAACUAUUGAAUUUAGGGUGCUCAAUUUGCUGUAAGAGUCAUUAUUUUGGAAAGGAUAACAUAAAAUAAAUAAAUAACAUACAUUUUCCUUAUUUUUAAUUUGUUCACAUACUAUUAAGAUUGAGUUUAAUUGAUUUAAUUGAUUUUAAUUUUCUAAAGAAAAAAAUUGAUACUUUCCAAGAUGAGUGUCCAAUAUAUUAAUAAAUUACAGGUUAAGAAAUAAAUUGGUUGACCAUGUAAAUAUAAAAAUUAUGUAAUAUACUUAUUGGUGUUUUUAAAUAAUGGCAACAAAAAGCAAAUCAAAACAUGGAUUAGUACUCAGAGUCUAAUUAUUUCUAGAUUUGCCUCUUAACAUUCUCCACCUAAUCUACAUUUUUUUAUUGAUAGAAAACUAAAAUACAUAAUUAUAAACAACAAUAUCAUCACUUAGUUUAAGUCAAAUUUUAGAUUUAAAAUUAAUUAGCAAAUAUAUAUCACCUAUUCUUAGUAUUAAUAAUAUCAAUUUAAAAGUUAUUAUAUGAUAGGUUGUACAUUGUUUAGAUAAUAAAUUAAAAUAAUAUGUUUUGUUUGUAUUUUAUUUCAAAAAAUCAACCGAAUUACAUUUGUUUUGAUAUAAAUUUUAGGAAGAUAAAAUACAAUUAAAAUGGCUUAUUCGUAGAUUGUAUAAUUUCCAAAUAGUAGCAUAUUUUCCCUAAUUUAAUAAUACUUUUGGAUACAUAAUUUAUAUCUAAAAUCAUUCUAUAGAUGUAUAAAUUCUUCUACUGGCAUUUAUUAUUCUUUAAAAAUGUUUGCCACUAUAACAAUCUUCCUCCACUCUCCUCUGUUUUGAACUAUCAUUCUCCAUUCUCAUCCAUGCUCUUAUUUUGUUAAGAUCUUUAAUUAUAAACCAUCUCUUUCUAAGGUGCCCGUGAGGUCUCUUCUCCGUAUGUUUCCAUUGUAGUACCAUUCUAAGUGUAUCUCCCUCGUUUCUGUGAAUUACAUGACCAAGCCAUUGUAUUCGUUUGCCACUUACAAAGUUACUGACCGAUGCAAUUCCUUUUCUCUGCGCACUUGUUCUACUAUCAUAGAUAGGGCCACAGAUUUCUCUCUAUAUUUUAUUCUCAAAUGUUCUUAGUCUCUUUUAUAUGAUGCUAGUGGUUAUCUAGAUUUCACAACCAUGGGUCUUAUCACCAUAUAUAAUCUUGUCUUUGUUUUCUUUGAGUAACAUUUUGAUUUCAGAAAUUUACUAAGUGAAUGAAGAAGAAUAAUGCCCUUUCUAACUUUGCCAUUCUUAUUAUAAUCUUUCUUGACCAAUCAUUCUUGACACUCAACAUGGAUCAUAAUAUACUGGAAUUCAUUAACUUUCUCAAAGACUAAGUCUUCAUCAGAUCUUCAGAUUUAUAAAUUAUAACCAAUUGAACAGAUAUAUAUAUUAUAUUAUUAUGCAUAAUAAAACUUAUUCACAAAUAGUAAAUUGUAUUUUAUAAUUAAAAACUUUGACAUCAGUCAGGAUCAUAAUUUCAGAUUUUUUCACAUGAUGCAAAACGAAUAUUUAAAUAGUGCUGCUUUGAUUAUCUUUGUUGAAAAUCAAUAUAUCUAAAUGCAG